AUCAGUUUUGAAUUUGCCAUGAUCCGUAAAGUUGUCUCCCGAGCUGUGUGCCGCGUGGGCCCUGCCUUCCGCCACACCGCCCCCGCCGUCGUUACCCGAAGCUUCCAUGCCGCGUCGUCUGCCCUUCCUCGUUCUAGCACGUCGAACGCGGCGGCCAUGUCCAUGGCGUUUCUCCUUGCCACGGCGUCGUCGGCCACCGUGAUGCUCGCGAAGGAAUCCCCCGUGAACUUGGCCGCUGUCCGCGACGACAUUGUGGCGCUGAUCGAAGCGGACAAUUCGUUGGCGCCGACGUUCGUUCGACUAGCGUGGCAUUCGUCUGGCACGUACAGCAAAGCGGACGGCGGCAGCGGCGGGUCCAAAGGCGGCACCAUUCGCCACAACCCUGAAAUCAACUACGGCGCAAAUGCCGGCCUCGUCAUCGCCAUCGAGAAGUUGAACGCGAUCAAGGCCAAGUACCCGACCUUGUCCCACGCUGAUCUGUACAUCUACGCUGGCGUCGUCGCGAUCUCGGAAAUGGGCGGCCCCGACGUGUCCUUCCGGCUCGGCCGCCAGGACGCCCCGUCGCCCAAGGCAUGUACCCCCAACGGCCGCCUCCCUGACGCGGACAAGGGCUCCAAGCCCAAGACCAUCAACCACGUCCGCGAAGUCUUCUACCGCAUGGGCUUCAACGACCGGGAAAUCGUGGCGCUGAUCGGCGCGCAUGCCGUUGGGCGGUGCUACCCCACACGAAGCGGGUACAGCGGCCCAUGGACCCGCGCAGAGACGACGUUCUCCAACGAAUACUUCCGCGAACUGGUCGAGAACAAGUGGACCCUCAAGCAGUGGGACGGCCCCGAGCAAUACACCGACCCCACCGGCGACCUCAUGAUGCUGCCUGCGGAUCUGGCUUUCAUUUGGGACGUUGAAUUCAAAAAGUAUGUAGAUCUGUACGCCAAGGACGAAGACUUGUGGCACAAGGACUUCGCCAAGGCAUUCCAAAAGCUCACUGAGAACGGCGUGCAGUUUUAAUAAGUCAAUAUGUAUAUAUGUAUGUGCCAACAUAUAAGUAUUAGUCCAUAAAUAUUCAAGAUGGUUCAGGUUGGAACGGAUCAAUCAC